UGCACAGACACACUGAACCAGAACAAAUCACAGGAGAAAACUCGGAGCAGAAAAAAAAUCAGUUAUUCAAUAUAUACCUACAAUAUCAAUCCACUUGAUCAUUUAUAAUAUUAAGACACACUACUCCUGAACAAUGGGAUUCAAUUCACAAUUCAUCGGGGUCUUGCUGUUCCUCUUUUUAAAUAGAGUACUUUCAUUUAAAGCUGAAAUUGAGCCACCUCAACGUAGGAUUACUGUAGAGAAUGGAAGCGACCUGGUUCUUAUAUGCCGUGCCAAAGACUGUCUUUCCCCGACAUUCAGCUGGAUAGCGGUGGAAGAUAAACCGAUGUACAUGAAAGUCGAGAACGACGUUUUAGAGUCGCGUGCUGUCCUCACACCUGUGAGCAGAGACAACGAUAACACUUACAUCUGUAAGGUGUCGUGUGGAUCACAGAGAGCACAGAAGUCUAUUGAAAUAAAAGUGUACUCUUUCCCCAGCGACCCUGUCAUUUCCCAUGCCCCCCUUCAGGAAGGGAAAGAAGUCGCUCUCACCUGCAAAGUCCCCGAUGUGUAUCCUCAGGAGUACCUGGUGAUUCAGUGGCUGGACGGGGAACGUGUUCUCAAAGAAUCAGACAACCAGGAAAGCAGCUCUUUAUCUUUAACUUACAAGUUUGUACCCAAAAUUGAAGAAACUGGGAAAAAACUAACCUGCAAAGCCAUAAUCACAAUGGAAGGGAUACCAGAAGCCCAGAAAACCAAAACUACCACUACAACGUUUGAUGUACACUACGCCCCACAGAAGCCUUUAGUUUCUGGGAGCUCAAGCAGCACUGUAAGGGAAGGCGAGGAGAUGAGCCUAACCUGUUCUGCUCAGAGCAAUCCUCCUGCAGAGCUGGUGUGGAAGAAGCUGCUUCCUCAAGGUCAAUCUCAAGUGGUAGCUGAGGGUGGGACGCUGUUCAUUGGGAAGGCUCAGCCUUUUGACUCUGGAGAGUAUCAAUGUGAAGCCCUCAAUGCUUUAGGGAGCAGCUCGACAAACAUAGAAAUCACGGUUCAAGUUGCACCCAAGAAUACCUCCAUUUCCGUGUACCCGGCUGAAGCACUGAAAGAAGGAGGCAGCAUGACUGUUUCUUGUGCCUCCCACAGUAACCCAGCAGCGACCAUCACUCUGCGCAAGAAGAGCCCCACUGGAGACAGAGAGCUGGAGUCCAGCAAUGGCUCAUUGACAAUUAAUGAAGCUCAGCUGGAUGACUCGGGGCUGUAUGAAUGUGAAGCCACCAAUGAGGUCGGCAGUGAGAAAGCUACUGUCAACAUUUCCGUUGAAGCAAUUCCAUUUGAAGUAGAAAUGGAUCCUCCUCAACGCGAGCUAACUGUAGAGUCAGGGAGUGACCUGGUUUUGACCUGCAGAGUUGCAGACUGCCCUUCCCCACAGUUCACCUGGAAACACCCGACAGACCGUCCUCAGUACGACAAGACUGAUACCGAGGGCAAUGAGUCCCGCAUCUCCCUCUCUUCAGUGGGAACAAACCAGGAAAACAUCUACAGAUGUCAGGUCAAGUGUGGGUCUGUGAUAAAGGAGAGCUCUACGCAAAUAAAAGUGUACUCUUUCCCCAGUGAUCCUGUCAUUGAAUCCCAUGCCCCCCUUCAGGAAGGGAAAGAAGCCGCUCUCACCUGCAAAGUCGCGGGUGUGUAUCCUCCAGAAUACCUGGAGAUUCAGUGGCUGGACGGGGAACGUGUUCUCAAGAGAGAUGAAGGAAUCUACAUCAAAAACAACGAUGUGAGCAAUUUAACUUCGACUUACACCUUUGUACCGAAAAUGGAGGACAGUGGAAAAGAAGUAACCUGCAAAGCCAUUUUCAAAAUGGAAGGAAUCCCAGACCAGAAGAAAAGCAAAGCUUCUGCUGUAUCACUUAAUAUACACGUUUCACCCAAGAAUACCUCCAUUUCCGUGUACCCGGCUGAAGCACUGAAAGAAGGAGACAGCAUGACUGUUUCUUGUGCCUCCCACAGUAACCCAGCAGCGACCAUCACUCUGCGCAAGAAGAGCCCCACUGGAGACAGAGAGCUGGAGUCCAGCAAUGGCUCAUUGACAAUUAAUGAAGCUCAGCUGGGCGACUCAGGGCUGUAUGAAUGUGAAGCCACCAACGAGUUCGGCAGUGAAAAAGCAAGCGUUGAGAUUUCCGUUAAAGUUCCCCCGAGGAAUACAACAGUGUUGGUCUAUCCAUCUACAGAGGUGUUAGAAGGACAAAAUAUCACCAUUUCAUGUAAAACCGUCAGCUACCCUGCCCCGACGAUCGUCUUGAAGAAAAUCGGCAAUGGAACGACUUUCUGCUCAGACAACGGCACCUUUGAGCUUUAUUACUUGACCACGAAAGACACCGGCCUUUACGAGCUCAACGUGACCAACGACGUGGGCCACGAGGUUGAAGUCAUCGAGAUCCACGUUGGAAAAAGACUUGAGGGGAAGAAGCCUCCUCCUUACCUGGCUAUUUUAAUCCCUAUUAUAGGAGCCUCAGCCGCUGCGUUAGCUGCAGCUUCAGCUCUCUUUGUUAUACGCCUCUUACGUCAAGCACAGAGUCGAGGAUCCUACGCAUUAACACAAUUGAAUCCAGCUGCUGUCUAGAGACCACAUGAUUCUGAGCUAUGGGGAGAUGAAAAUGAACCACCAGGGCAUCUUAUAACUUGAAGGAGCUGCAUCCAGCAAGAUGAGGUUCUUGAAUGACUCAAUUGCUGGUGAUGAACCUUGUUUCUUGAGACCAAGUUUUGGACAAUGGGGGAACUUGAGAGACUUUAACAAACAAGAACAAGGCAGGCCAUGUCAAAGGCUUUGUGAACUAUUCUUACUGUAUUUAUAUAGUUCUGUGUUCGAUUUCAAGAGUCUCAAUAUGAAAGCUUUUUAUCUAUCAGUGUAUAGUAAGCUGCAUACUGUCUGGGUUAGCGUUGGAGGAUAGAUGGCAAAUAUUGUAGUCAGUUAUUCACAAGCAACAACAGAGUUUGACUUUAAGUAUGGGACUGUUCAUUUUGAAUUGCAGCCCUAUUUCUACUGUUUUGGCAUAUUUUAUAUGCAUUAGAAUACAUGGAGUGGUGUGUUUAGGGAAAGAUCUCUAAAUAUACACCCUAAAAUGUGCAAAUGUGGUCUCUCUUUGAAUCAUAUUUUUAUUAUAUUUUGUGAUGUUGUAUUAUAAUCUCAUUUCAGUACUGAAGACUGAGAAACUUCUCAUGCAUGAUUUUACUAUGUUAAAAACUACUGAACGCACAGAUAAAUUAACAAGGAGAAACUCUCAUAUGGUACCAGCAUUUAGAUUUAUUCUUUUAGAAAACUAAUGUCUAAAUUCUAUUUUAACUAGAUUACAAAACAGUUUAUCCUGUUUUUAAGAAAACAUUAAACAAAGGUUUAGUCUGUAGUUGUAUAAAGUGAUAUAAUCUGCUGGACAGACUUAAUUAGUAAUGUAAAACAUGAAGGAACUAGGAAAAGUAAAAAGUGUUGCAUGAUUUUUUUCUUUUUAUUAAUAAUGUUGAUAUUAUUUUCAUUGUAUUAAAUGCUGCAGAGAAUCUGUAUUGUUUGCACCUUGUAAUAUUUUGAAAUACCGGUUUUGUGAAGUAACUAAAUAUGAAGCUAUUUUUUUGUUUUUUAAUAAAUAUUUAUUUUG